UGAAUUUCGACAGGGCGGGUAUCAGCACAGGAGCACGCGCGAGUGUUUUCACCGGCACCGACAGUGAAGAGGACAUGCUGCGAGACGACGAGGUUGGGCUUGGAAAUUGACGUACAGCUCGCAAGACAGAUAUAUCAUUCAAUGCGUGGGGAAUGCUCUCGCUUACGGCUGACGCACUCUUACGCACCCUCAAAAGCAACAGCGACCGUCCGUGGCCAGGCUCUCGAAGUCCCCCAUGGCGAUGCUCUGCCAGCUCCCCUUCACCAUCCUCGAGCACAUCGGCCUCGAAGUUGCCGUUAUCGACCCGCUAGGCCCUCCCAAUGACCUCGUUUCCCUCCUUUGCACUUGCAGACACAUUUACAACUCACUCUCUUUCGAUGACAACCGCCACCUCUAUGCUCGCAUCUUCCGGUCGAUGUUCGACACCCGUGCAGUGGCCAGACGCUUUGGCAACCGUUGCAGCCGCCUCAACAACGUCGCACAGCAGCUCAAGGUUUAUUGCGCAACCCUUCGGCGUAUACGUAGGGGCGACACCGCGGCCGACUCUAAGGUGAUCAUGGCCGACCUGUGGACGGUGCUGCUCAUGAUGCUCGAGAACGACGGCAAGAACGAAGCCCAGCUCGAGUGGGCCGGCUUGAAGGAUUUUGUCGAUCGAUUCGUGCGCACGAGGCUGUACGACAACAGCGACCAGACGUCCGGGUGGCCACCAGAGAGUGAACUGAAUGCACUUGCGCUGUGGUUGAUGUGGUUGACAACAGACGAAGUCACUCUCCGGGAAGAGACCGCCGAGGCCCGCAGACAACUGAUGGAACUCGUCAGACCUUACGUCGUGCUCCCUAUUCGUUAUCCAGCGUUCUGGCAGCCUGACUAUCACUUUGAGUUUCCCAUCCCUGACGGCCGUCCACUGUACCACGCCAUAACCCCCCACGGUUUUUACCCACCGUACCGCAAUCCAGAGCAACUCGGACACAUGCAUCAACACCAUGGUCUCCGAUUCCGAGCCUCUGUCCCUCCCAUUUCCAUUGCUGCAAAGCUGCUAUACUUCGCUCGCUCGGAGGCAACGCCCUUCCAAGUCCCCAACACCCUUCCUGCCAAUCGCGAAGAAGCUCUCGCGCGGGGCAUAACGCACACUAUGCCCACGCAGGAGGACUACCGGCGGUUCAACGAGCACAAGGCAGCGGCACCGAUCAAGCCGGCGUCAUGGGACUGGUACAGCUCGUUGAACGACGGCGAUGCGCGGCAGGAGGACGACGGCGUGUGGAAGAAGACGCUUAAGUCGAAGAGCGCAAAGUGGGACCACGAUUGGUACAGGAUGCUAUACUGCUUCGAUCCGUGGUACGUUUCGGAGAUUAAAUCCCUUCUGUAUAUGAAGGGCACGCUCGAUGGGGACUGGAUGGGCCGGAUGCUGUUGCCCGAAAGUCGCCAAUACUGGGACAUCUACAUGGGCUCCACCUUCGAGCCCCAGAAACCAACGAUGACCACUGUACCUAUCUCGUUCCGUCUACGUGAAUACCAUAGCGUCAGUCCCAAGACCCCAAUACAGAGGGGUGGGCCGCCAAAGGAACAGCCUGAGGAUCUCUUCAACGACGGCAUAAUGCGUGCGUGGGUUCCGGACGGGUGGGAGCUCCGCGAGAUGAGCGGCAGUGUACGCCCACACGAUGCAAAUGGGCUGCAGAUCCGCGGUUGUGAGUACGCUCGGUGGCAAGAAGGCCAGGCCAGUGGACACAAUCCGACGACGUGUAAGAUGUGCAUCAAAAGGGACGAAGAGGCACGGCGAGCAGAGAGUGCGAGGGAGAAGAAGCGUAAAAGCCCAAGCGACAUGGACGACAGCGGGGACGGCGGCAUGCCCACAGAGGACGACGCUGAAGAUCGAGGCGAAGGCAGGGCUCGCCCCAAACGUGCUCGAGCUCGGAGCCCGUCUGCACGCCGGAACGAGCCUGUCGCCGUCGAGCCCGUCACCGCCGCGGAUGCCGACGCAGGACCUGCCGAUCUUGCAGGAGGCAUCGACAUAUCGGGCGCACAGAUACAAGGGCAUCGUGCAGAGCUGCAGGACAUCGUUGGCCCCAGCGUCCUGGUCGACGAUCUGAUCGACGCUGAGAUGAAGGACUCCGCUGCGUCUGUGCCAUGUGACGGGGUGCAGGAUAUCAUUCUCGUGGGCGAGACUCUCCCCGAGCACGGCCAGGCGUGGCACCACUACCGCUUCUACGGCAGAGUGCGCAAGUACGACGGGCUCGUCGCCAUCGUCCGCUUCCCCACGUUCAUCCCUGAGCUCGGCACGACCAUCUUCCGCGGAUACCUCAUCGGGAACCAGCACUUCGUCGGUAACUGGCGUGCUGUGACUACCAACUGGAAUGCGACACCGCUCGAAGGCCCGUUCAUUGUGAGCCGUGCAAGCGACACCGAGUAAUGCUCACCAAGACUACAUACCCGUGUGGCGCUCUCCCUCGAGUCCGCAUUUUUCUCUGUAUCAUUAGCCGUGUCAGUGAUCUGUCUUGACUACUAAAAACCUGGAUAUGUCUCUCACCUCUACGUCCCCAUCUUACGUCUCACAUAUGAAGGGCUAGAUCCGGACAGCACACCUCGAACACUCUGGACACUCGUUUGCAAGAGCGUUCCCCUUCCGAAACUAAGCACACGCUUGCUCGAGAGCCCAGUAGCAGCUAUGUUAUAUCGCAUCUAUUAGUGUCUUCUCAUGUUUUCUCGCAGAUCGAGGCUCGGUAUCGUAGUAUUGUGUUGUUUGCUUUGUCUUGCUUUCGCUAUGCGCAACUGUGCAGAUGUAUUAGUAGUAAGUCAACGUCGUUAGACUUAAUAUUUGUAUUUGUCC